CGACAGUCUUCAGAUCUACGCUGCGUCUCAAUAUCCCACACAAUGAGGCCCUCAUACUCCAUUAUGGCAAAGCCCAACAUCACCGGCUUCGACCCGCAGAAGUUCGCUGCCGCUGCGAAGAACGGCACAAAGGGCGACCCAUGGGCACGAUACGAGCAAUGGCGAUACACAGGUCCCUUCUCCAGGUGGAACCGCUUCAAGGGCUCAUUCCCCGGCCUCGGCAUCGCGACAGUCGCAUUCGCCGGAUACCUCGUUGCUGAGCAGCUUUUCUUCAAGGAAGAGCACGGGCACCACAGCGCGGACGGCCACUAAGCGGGGUAGCUGCGCGGGUAGAUAGGCAUGAAAAGAGGAGAGAGAGGAGGAUAUGCAAGACCUGGGCGUACCGGUUGACUCAGUUUCCCUCGCUGUGAGGACUGUAAAUAUGGAAUACCACACAGCACGAUCAAAGCAAG